GGCCCGAUGGUGCCAGCGGGGGACGGGCAGCGGCGCUUUUGGGGGGUUACUUUGUUUUGUUUUUUUGCUCCCGAUGGAGUCGAACCUCUGGAAAAAGGUCCGUGAAGAGGGCAGGAAAGGGGCUGAUCGGGCGCUGGCCGGAGAUUAAAAGGGACGGGAGUUUUAUCUUUACUUUCCUAAUGGUCUUUUCCCUUCGAUUCGGACGUAUUCGUGUCACCCGGUUAACGGGUUUUGGUCCAUUUGCUAGGUGCUGACAGUAAAAAUGCACUGAGGCUAAAAUAACAAAACAAGACAAAAAAGCGGACGGGGAUUUAUAUACCCCGCGCGCUAAGACGAGGUUUGGGGGAGUCGGACACACCUCGGAUGGAAAAAACUGCGAAGCUUCGCAAAUCGCCUCCGGAUCGGCUUCAAACGCGUCGGGUGAAUGUGGACCACGCUCUUGGAUGGAGCGACAUAAAUCGCAAGGCGAUUUCCCUGCCCCGUUUCCUUUUGCCCUUCGCCCCCCCCCACCUCGCGCCCCCUUUCCCCAUCCCAAACAGGCGCAUACUUUCUGUUUCAGAUCUACCAAUGAAGCUGCUUCUCCUCUUCCUAUGACAACCGCAGGCUCAAAAAGGAGGCAUCUCCAAGCAAAUCUAUUUAACUGAGUGGUGGUGGCGGCUGAAUCGGAAACCAGCAAAAUGGGAGCCAAAGGUCAGAAGUUGCGGGCAAAAUCACCUGACGACCACUGAGGUGGCAACCGGCUGCAUUUGCCAAAACUACAGAGAUGUAAAUGGUCAAUUGGACUUGUGCUCUGAAGCACCCAUGGCAUGUAUGGAGAUCUUGCAAGUCACCAGAGAGGGAGUUCCAUCCACUGAGUGUCACGGUGUAGGUUGGAGUUUGCACACUACACCAUGCCAGGGCUGGCCUGAUGAAAGUGGGGCGAAGAAUAGAAGCCUAGUUAUGACUGCCGAAUGCUGCGAGCAGCGUUGUAAAGCUGCUGAACAGGAAGCCAAGGAAGAACCUGCUCAGCCUUCUCUCACCCUCCUUGCGGUAUCAUCAUUGUCCCCAGAAAUUACGGCAGCCGGUCAUUUCACCUGCUCCAACUUUUCAAAGGAAGAGAAGGAGACCGCCUCCAAAAAUGCCUGUUGCUGUGAAUCGGAGACAUCCUUCACCUGUGUGGAUGAAAACACCAACCACCUCAAUCACCCAGGGAGUCUUGCACAUGGUAGCUGUUGUCAAGACCAAGAGUUCCUUCCCCAUCUUGACCCUGACACAGAGAUGCCUUUAGAAUGGCCCUACGAUCCACCUUCCUUAAUUUCCGAGGAAGAGGAUGACGUUGGCUCCGAAACCGCUGGUGGAAAAUCUAUUGAUUACAGCUUCAUCAGUGCCAUCAUGUUCUUGGUCAUUGGGAUUUUGUUGGUGAUCGUUUCCUACGUGGUGCCCAGAGAUGUAACUGUGGAUCCCAGCACAGUGGCAGCACGGGAGAUGGAGCGCCUAGAGAAGAAGAGUGCCCGGAUUGGGGCUCACCUCGAUCGGUGUGUGAUUGCUGGGCUCUGUCUGUUGACCCUGGGAGGGGUUGUGUUGUCCAGUUUAUUGAUGAUGCAAAUGUGGAAAGGAGAACUCUACAGGAGGAACCGAUUUGCAGCUUCCAAGGAAUCAGCCAAACUGUAUGGAUCUUUCAAUUUCCGAGUGAAAUCCUCUACAAGUGAUAAUAUGGAAUUAUCACUCGUGGAAGAGGAAGCUCUUGCAGUAACAAGUUAGCCUGGCUUUGAUAUAAGGAAGCAGCAAAAAUGGGAGCAGGGGAUAAUUUGCAUUAAAUGGAAGCAAAGGGUUCUUAAAAUAGCUAGCACUACUGACAAAAGCGCCUUUGCCAACACAUCAAAAGGAAAUUUUGCAUUAUAAAGAUAUGUCAUGUUAAACAGGGAAAAAGAAAAGAGAUCACAUUCAAAGUAGGUUCUACAGGUAGUCAUUGGCUUCCAACCAUUCAUUUAGUCACCAUUCAAAGUUACAAAAAAAAUGAUUUAUGACUAAUUUUUUCACACAACAGUUGCUGUAUCCCCCACGGUCACACAAUCAAAAUUCAGGCGCUUGGCAACUGGCAUGUAUUUAUAACAGUUGCACUGUCCUGUUUUCUUGUGAUCAUCAUUUGUAACCUUCCCAACCAGCUUCUGACAAGCAAAGUCAAUGGGGGAAGUCAAGUUUGCUUAAGGUCCGCAUGAUUCACUUAACAGUUGCAGUGAUACUUAACAACUGUGGCAAAAAAAAGUUGUACAACAGGAUGCAACUCACUUAACAAUUGCCUUGUUUAUCAACAGAAAUAUUGGGCUUAAUUGUGGUCAUCAGGCGAGGACUACCUGUCUUUAAGCAGGGGUUUCCAACUUUGGCAACUUUAAGAC